ACUCCGAUGCCUCGAGAGUGUAGACACAGAGUACCUUGUUGUCCUUUUAUGUGUUAGUAACCAAAUUUAUCAAUAACACCAACACGAGCCUCUGAGUCAACACAAAGAAGGAAAAGAAAAUGGUAGUAACAAUCGAUCGUUCUUACACGAUAACCCCCUCAGAUUCCUCUUCCACUACAAUAAUCCCUUUGUCACACUGUGAUCAAACCAAGCUUCCAAACCAUGGAUCCCAACUUUCUCUCUACACCACUUCUAAUUCCUCUUCUUCAAUGGAAAAUCUCAGAGCCUCACUCAGCAAAGCCUUGAAUCUCUACUACCCUUUAGCCGGUCGACUCAGAUGGAUCCAUGGCGGUCGAUUACAACUUCUCUGCAACUCAAAGGGCGUCACACUAUUGGAAGCCACGUGUCACGAUAAUCAUACAACCUUGGACAUGCUUCUCGAAAACCUUGAUAACAAUGUUUUGUUGGAACAGUUUUUGCCCAAGGUUGACUAUAGCGUUGACCGUAUUGACGACAUGCCGUUGAUGGCGGCACAAUUCACGAGGCUUCCGGGCAACGGCGUCGUUUUGGGGAUGAUUAUUUGUCGUGCUGUGGUUGACGGAGCCGCUCUUGGGAAUUUCAUUUGUUCAUGGUCAAAAUUGGCGAGAGGUGAAGAUUUGGAUUCGAGUUUGGUUCCGUUUUACGAUCGAGGGUUGUUGGAUUCGCUUGGUGUGAGUGUGGGUCCAAGAUUUGAACAUGCUGAAUUUCUAACACCGCCACUUUGGGAAGAACAAAAAGAAGAACCACAAGAGAUUGAGCUUGCUACUGUUGUGUUAAAGCUCACCAAAGGCCAAGUUGAGAUGCUUAAGAAGAAAGCUUAUCAUGAUGGUGGUAAAGAUGGCUUUGGCAAUGGUUCAAACUCAUCAACACUUUCUUCAAGUAGGCCUUACACUAGUUUUGAGGUCAUAAGUGGUCACUUAUGGAGGUGUAUUUGCAAGGUGAAGAAUGAGGGUAAUUGGGGCCAGAAAACAAGGGUAUGUGCAUUGGUCAAUUGCAGGAACAGAUUUAAACCAAAUCUUCCUCAAAGUUAUUUUGGGAAUGCAACAUUUCCUACCGUGACACCAACAUGUUGCUUCGAUGAUAUUGUUCACAAGCCUCUAGGCUACGCCGUUCGGAACGUGAGGAAAGCGAUUGAGCGAAUGAAUGAUGAGUAUGUAAGGUCUGCCAUUGCUUACAUUGCUAAUCAGAAGGACAUGAAUUCAUUGAGGGAGAAGUUGUAUAAUCUUGGAGGAGGAAAAUCCAGGGUGAACCCGAAUAUUUAUAUUGUGAGUUGGGCUAACUUUCCUUUUUAUGAAGCGGAUUUCGGGUGGGGAAAGCCGGUUUGUUUGGUUCCGGGAAGCAUAAAUUCGGAUGGGAAGGCUUUCAUUAUGAACAAUGGAAGUGGUGAUGGCUUCAUUGUUGCUACUUGCUUGCAACAAUCCGUUGUUGAUGAUCUGAAGAAGCUCUUUUAUGAGGAUAUAGAGGAGGUAUAUCCUAACUCCAAAUUGUGAUGACAUUUCAACUAUGGAUUUUAAUUAUGCUUUGGUAUGAGUUCUAAGACAUGGUUGAUGUUUUUCUUGACUUGGAUUUAAUGUAGCACAUAUUAAGCCAUACAAAUUAAUGAAAUUAUGGAUUUCAAAACA